UGACAAAGUUGCGUACCUGAUGGGCCUGAACUCUGCCGACCUCAUCAAAGGUGUCUGCCAUCCCAGAGUGAAAGUGGGGAACGAGUGGGUCACCAAAGGUCAAAAUGUUAAUCAGGUGUACUAUGCUAUCGGGGCGCUGUCCAAGUCCGUGUACGAGAAGAUGUUCCUGUGGAUGGUGGUGAGAAUCAACAACUCUCUGGAAACCAAGCAGGCUCGCCAGUACUUUAUUGGCGUACUGGACAUCGCUGGAUUUGAGAUCUUCGACUUCAACACCUUCGAGCAGCUGUGCAUCAACUUCACCAAUGAAAAACUGCAACAGUUCUUCAACCAUCACAUGUUUGUGCUGGAGCAGGAAGAGUACAAGAAAGAGGGCAUUGAAUGGACUUUCAUUGAUUUUGGUAUGGACUUGCAGGCGUGUAUUGACCUGAUUGAAAAGCCCAUGGGUAUCAUGUCCAUCCUUGAAGAGGAGUGCAUGUUCCCCAAAGCCAGUGAUACCACCUUUAAAGCUAAGCUUUAUGACAACCACUUGGGAAAGUCCAACAACUUCCAGAAGCCCCGGGUGGUGAAAGGGAAACCAGAGGCCCAUUUCUCUCUGGUCCACUACGCUGGAACUGUGGACUACAACAUCAACAACUGGCUGGUGAAGAACAAGGAUCCUCUCAAUGAGACUGUGGUCGGACUUUUCCAGAAGUCCAACCUCAAGCUGCUGUCUGUACUCUUUGCUGGCUACGCAGGAGCCGACGCAGCUCAGGAGGGCAAGGGCAAAGGUGCCAAGAAGAAAGGUUCGUCCUUUCAAACGGUGUCUGCUUUACAUCGGGAGAAUCUGAACAAGCUGAUGACCAACCUGAGGUCCACUCACCCCCACUUUGUACGCUGCAUCAUCCCCAAUGAGACCAAGACUCCUGGGGCCAUGGAGAACCCUCUGGUGAUGCACCAGCUGCGCUGUAACGGUGUGCUGGAAGGCAUCAGGAUCUGCAGGAAGGGCUUCCCCAACAGGAUCCUCUAUGGAGACUUUAAACAGAGAUACCGAAUUCUGAACCCCAACUCGAUUCCUGAAGGGCAAUUCAUUGACAACAAGAAGGCUGCAGAGAAACUGUUGGGCUCUCUGGAUAUUGACCACAACCAGUACAAGCUCGGCCACACAAAGGUGUUUUUCAAAGCCGGGCUGUUGGGUCAGCUGGAAGAAAUGAGAGAUGAUCGAUUAGCACUGAUCAUCACUGGAAUCCAGUCUCGGUCAAGAGGUCUUCUAGCCAGAAUUGAGUUCCAGAAGAUAGUCGAACGGAGGGAUGCCCUCCUUGUGAUCCAGUGGAACAUCCGGGCCUUCAUGGGGGUCAAGAACUGGCCUUGGAUGAAGAUGUAUUUCAAGAUCAAACCUCUCCUCAAAUCGGCGGAAACCGAAAAAGAAAUGGCCAACAUGAAGGAUGAGUUCAUGAAACUGAAAGAGGCUUACGCCAAAUCAGAAGCCCGGAAGAAGGAACUGGAGGAAAAGAUGGUCACGCUUCUCCAAGAGAAGAACGACCUGCAGCUCCAAGUUCAGGCUGAGCAAGACAAUCUGUGUGAUGCUGAAGAACGAUGUGAGGGCCUGAUAAAAAACAAAAUCCAACUGGAGGGAAAGACCAAAGAGUUGACUGAAAGACUGGAGGAUGAGGAAGAGAUGAAUGCCGAACUCACGGCUAAGAAGAGAAAAUUGGAGGACGAGUGUUCUGAGCUGAAGAAAGACAUAGAUGACUUGGAGUUAACCCUCGCAAAAGUGGAGAAGGAGAAGCAUGCGACUGAAAACAAGGUGAAGAACCUGACCGAGGAAAUGGCAGCUUUGGAUGAAAUCAUUGCCAAGCUGACCAAGGAGAAGAAAGCCUUGCAAGAAGCUCAUCAGCAAACCCUGGAUGACCUUCAGAGCGAAGAAGACAAAGUCAACACUCUGACCAAGGCCAAGUCCAAACUGGAGCAGCAAGUGGACGACCUGGAAGGCUCCCUCGAGCAAGAGAAGAAAGUGCGGAUGGACCUUGAAAGAGCAAAGCGAAAGCUUGAAGGGGACCUGAAACUAGCUCAGGAGAGUAUUAUGGACCUGGAAAAUGACAAGCAGCAACUCGAAGAGAGGCUGAAAAAGUAA